AUGUCACUACCCGUGAGGUCCAGGAAUGGAGUCAAGUUUGGGAAAGAAUUGAGGGAGAAGGAGUUUUUGUUUGGAGAAGGGUAUCUGAAUCUGAACCAUGGCUCCUUUGGUACCUAUCCACGCCAAGUGAAAGAAGCCCUGCAUUGUUUCCAAGAUGCGGCAGAAGCGCGGCCAGACGAUUUCAUCCGCUACAAGUACCCAGUGCACCUCAACGAGUCUCGCAUAGCUGUUACGGAACUCAUCAAAGCCCCUCCGAAAACUGUAGUCUUCGUUCCGAAUGCCACGACUGCAGUCAAUACUAUCCUUCGCAACCUCACUUUUGCCGAAGGUGACCACAUACUGUACUUCGCUACCAUCUACAAAGCAUGUGGCACGACGAUCCAAUACAUCACCGAGACGACUCCGGCGAAGAGCGUGAAGCUGGAGUAUACGUAUCCAGUUGAAGACGACUGGCUCGUUGCAGCAUUCAGGCAGAAGGUUCGAGAGGUGGAAGAUGCUGGAGGUAAAGUCAAGAUCGCCGUCUUCGACACCGUGGUCAGUAUGCCAGGUGUACUCGUACCGUUUCAGCGCUUGACUCAGGCCUGUAAAGAGUUGGGGGUAUUGAGCCUUGUGGACGGGGCGCAUGCGAUCGGGCAUUUGGAGGUGGAUGUCGGGAAGUUGGAUCCGGAUUUCUUCUUGAGCAACUGCCACAAGUGGCUGCACGUCCCCCGCGGCUGUGCAAUACUCUACGUCCCGGUGCGCAACCAGCAUCUCAUCCGGUCCACCCUUCCAACCUCCUGGGGAUUCAAGACCUCAGCCUCGGUCCCUAACUCUAUCAACCCAAAGGGUGCAUUUGGCGGUGACGUGGAGUCCGAGUACAUUGGCAACUUCGAAUUCGUGGGUACCAUCGACAGCUCCCCGUACCUGUGCAUUCCCAAAGCACUGGAAUGGCGCAAGGACCUCGGCGGAGAAAAGGUCAUCAUUGAGUACUGUACUGCGCUCGCUCAGGAUGCUGGGCGCCUCCUCGCUAAGAGCCUGGGCACGGAGAUGAUGGAUAACAAAACCAAAACGCUGAGCCAGUGCUGCAUGGCAAUGGUGCGCUUGCCGAUCGAGGUUGUCAAGGCACAGCAGACAGGCGAUACGAUCGGGCUCGGAAAAGACCAGGUGGGUGGGGAAGUUACCGGAUGGCUGGCCAGGAAGUUGCUUGAUGACUACAACACGUUCCUGCAGACGAUCUUCUACGGCAGUGCGUGGUGGGUGAGGCUGAGCGGACAGGUGUAUCUAGAGCUCAGUGACUUUGAGACUGCGGCGCCGUUGUUAAAAGAGCUGUGCGAGAGGGCUAACAAGGGCGAGUGGGCUGAGGGGCUUGGAGAUAAUUGA